CCAUCUUCGUUUAAAUAGCUAACGACAUUCUGUGACCCGUGUUUGGUGUGUGAUCGUUGUGUCGUGUUGGACUGUAUUGUCACAGAUUUGUUUUAAUUUUUCGAAAAGUAACCUUUAGUUUACGAAAACAUGAACCCACUAAUAAACAAGAUAGUUGACGACAUGAAUGCAGCGGAUUUCGCUUUUAUAGAUCAGGGGUUGCAGCCCAUCCAGGAUAUACAGAACGAUAUUGUCAACUUCCUCGCAAAAGUCAACGAAUUGAUUGGAGAAUACAAAACUACCGGCAGCGUCCCUUCGCCCGAGAUUUUAGAAAACUGGGGAAAAGCGUCUUCAGAAGACACCCCCAAAGAAAUCCAAACCCAACAGACAACAUUAAAAAGCACCGGCAAACAGUCUUCCAUUAAAGAGAACAUAGAGCCCAAGUCCUCGGCCAAAAAAGAACCCUCACCUCCCAGAACCCGUCCAAAACGCAACGCUUUUAAGGAAGCAAGCCAAAACAUAGCUCACCAAAGCAGUCUUUCGUCAACCGCCAAACUACGUAGGCCCGCAAACCUGGAAGAUACCUUCCAGAAUGUCUACGUUAAGACCGAAAAACUGUCGACCGAUAGCGAGGACACCACCGCCUCCACCACCACCGCUUUAGACAUUAACAUCAAGAGCGAAGAGGAGACGAUGCCGGCACCGUCUCGACCCGCCCCCAGACGCAAAAAGCACAAGCAGAGCAAAGUGCAAGUGAAACAAGAGAAGGCAGAAGAAGAGAAACGGGAUUCCGACGUCGUCAUUCAAGACACAGCCAUCACGACCAUCAAUUUAGUGGACUCGGCUGACGAAGGGGACCAAACAAUCAAGAACGAGCAGAAACCGAGAAGUACUAGAACCAAGACGGUGAAGAAAAAAAUGAAGAGGUCGAGGGCGCAUUCAUCAGAGGAUGAAGACAAAAGAGAAAAGAGAUCGAGAUCGAAUGAAGAGAACGAUGAACAAACUAUGGUAAAUGGAAUGCAAUUUGACGACGCGGUUUCGUCAGUGGUGGAAAAUAAGAACGAUGCGACAUUCGUAGCGAAAGCCGCAAGCGGCACCGAGGAAGCGGCACAAGAGGCGUUGAGUACGACCAUCGUGGUGGAAAACCCGAAGUUGGUGACGAGCUUAAUGCCCAAGACCGUCCAAGACAUGAUGACCGACGACGAGUCAGAGGAGGAAGAGCCUAAGAAGCCUGUGAAGCCGAUCAGAGCGAUCCCAAAGCCCACGAAACAGGUGUUCAGCCCGUUCGAACAGAGUCCGGUAAAGAAAAAGGUUCAAGCGUUUGAAAAAUUACAAGAAGAUGCGAAUUCGUUGCCUCCUCGAAUGACGAGGACAAAAACUAAAGCAAAAGCAAAAGAAAAUGAAGUCGCCGCCGAACCAGAGCCCAACCCGCCUAGCAACGUUAAAGAAAAAGCCAAAAUCUUCACUCCGCAAGUAUCGAAAUUCCUGCCGAAAGUGGCCAGCACCGCGAACAAACCCAGCCGACAGACCCCUUCUUCCUCUAAUGAAUCCCUUGCUUCGACUAAAACCUUGAGUGCGCUCAAAGCGUCUCAGGCCGAAUACAGAGAACGCGAGAAGAAGCGCCGCGAAAAAGAACAAGAGGCCAUAAAAAAACGCGAAGCUCUGCUUCAGGCUCAAAUAGAAGAAAAAAAACGCAAGCGCGAAGAAAAGCAGCUCAAAGCGCAGCAGCAGCGAGAGGUUCUCGAGAAAGAGAAAAUGAAGAUUUUGGAAGCGCAUAAAUUGAAGGAUGAGCGCCACAGGCAGCUGUUGGCAGAACAGGAGGAAAAAAAACUAAAGCAGAGAGAAGAGGCGGAAAAGAAGCGUCUGAUGGCGAAGAUGCGAGCACUGGAAGAGAAGAAAAGAGAGGAGGAGAAACGUGCACAAGAACAGAGGAAGGUCGAAACGGUGGAAGACAAAAGGCCUGUGUAUAUGAGGUAUAGAGCACCGUUUCUGCCGACAGACGAUUGUUACGACUCUGAUGAUGAGAACUAUAGACCUGAGAAGGUUAAAUUGCCAGAUUUUGCCAAAGAGGCAAACAUCAGAUUUAUACUACAAUGUGCUUUUGCCGCUGGUGAAGCCGUGAAAAACACUUUCUUUUCGAUACAGGCGCAGACGCCUGAUUUACAAGAUAUUUUUGAGGUCAUCAAGCCAGAAAAAUUGAAGAGGACUUCGAGCGCUGUAUGGCAUAAACCGCCAAGGUUCACCAUGGUGCCCGUACUGGAAAAUCAUGAUGAAACGGCAGAAUUUGAAGAUGAUUAACAUAAGUAAUAUUAAAUGUACUUUGAUUAUUUUGUGGUAUAAAUGUAUGUAUUAGUAUUAUUUUUUAACAAUGAGAUCUUCUUUA